AUGCCAAAAUAUGUUUUCGUUGAUCUACCAGAUUACAAUCAUAUUAUCAAUCCUGCAGUCCGAAAAACUUUCUUUCAUAACAAAAACAUAGCUACUAUAAUUGGCAUCAUUAGUACCAAGAAAACACGUGGUGUUAACACUAGGCAUAAUAGGUUAUUGGCAAUCCAUUUUGAAAGUGUUGUACUCAAACACUAUACACUUGCGAAUGAAGAAUUGCCAAUUAUUAAUGAGGUUCCGCCUGCAGAAGUGGCGGGAAUCAUAACUGGUGCUGUCACAGUCGUUAUCCUAGCAACAGUCGUCGCCAUUUUAUGUUGGCGUUUCCCGUCAUGUCGAUCAAGAACAUUUUGGGAUAAAAGUAUUAAAAAGGUUUUACGAAAAUUAUACGGAAAGUGUAAAAAACAACCAAAGAAAGAAGAAAAGAAACAUUUAAUAUUCGGACCUUUAAUUCGAAAGCGGAGUCGUGAUGAGCCGCCAUUUGUUGUUCCUCAAAUUUUUGUGGAUUAUGGAAGCAGGAGGACUUCUUAUGCAUCUGCUUCAGAUCACGUGAUGCUAGGAGCAUUAGCUCUGGACUUGCGCAGAAGUUCCGGAAGUAGUUGUGGUAGCAGACGAACGUCAUAUUCAUCGGACAUUGAUCGUAGAGGAUCCGGAAGUAGUUUGUGUAGUCGACGAACGUCGUAUGGUUCCGAUUAUGAUCGGAGAGGUUCUGGAAGUAGUAUUUGUAGUCGGAGGACAUCGUUAAUUUCCGAUCCGUCCGACCGACGUGGAUCUGGAGCUAGUAGUAGAAGUAGUAGGAAAGGUUCUGAUGGAAGUAGAUUUGAUGAUACGGACGUUUCAUUCGCAGAUUUCUCUGACUCUGAGACUCUAGAGCUAGAAGAGAUGGUGAGAGAACAGGGUGUACGGGCCAGUGUUGCUGGUAUUGGUAUAGGUGCUGGUAGAAGGAUCAGUGUUGACGCUAGUGGAUUAGAAGGCCGACAGAUACCACCUUACAGACGCAGUCACUCUCUGGCUGAACUGAAGAAACCAUUCAGACCAAUACCAACUGAAGGACCUUGGGCCACGAUUUCCAAAUUUUUAGAUAUUCUUCGCCUUGAUAAAAUUUAG